AUGACCGGGCCAGAGUGCGACCGACGACCGACGGCCCUGAGACUGUCCUCUACCGUUGCGAGCAGCAGCCGUGCCCACAUCGGACACCCCGAUCGAUCAAGGAGGAUUACCCUCGGUAUAAGGCAAUCAGAUGGGCUCAACACCCCCUCGGUCCCUGCAGCACCCUUGCCUCUUGCUCUGCCUCGCGGCAUUCUCGCCCUGUCUCCCCCAGCUCCCGACUCCCUCAAACUGUCGUCGCCGAUCCAAAUCAAGCGUGAGGAGAUCUCCCUCCAGACCCUGCGCCAGAGCCUGAGCCUGAGGAGGGUGAGGAUGAAGAAGGAGUCUCGGAGUCCGAGUCCGCGGAUCCUGCUCGGCCCGCCUCGCCGACAGCGCUCACCCCCGCACGCCGUACCAAGUCGUGACAACGCCCGCACCUGGGCCACUCUCUACUUCGCCCAGCUCGUGUCGGUGCAGAUAGGAGUACAAGGGGCCACGACCCCAUUCAGGAACGAAGCGGCCUUUGCCACCGCCUUCAAGGCCCGCUUCGGAAAUCUCGACGAUGAGGCGACAGCACAAAUAGAGCUGGCGAAGCUCUGCGCGGACAAGUCGGUCUGUGAAAAACGCACCGCUGCGGAGUUCUCCGCGCUGUUCAAGGGUCCAGCGGACCGCUCUGGGUAUGGGGACCUGGAGCUACGCGACAAGUACCUGAGCGGCAUCCCCUCCCGCGUGUACCGAAAGAUCGAGCUCGAGACCUUCACCACGUGGCGAGCUGCUGACAAGCGAGCCACUGAGGUCGAGCAGAUCCUCGACAUCAGCCGGGCCCGUCGGCCCAAACUAAAUAACUUCUUCUCGGCCCGAGGUCGAGAAUGCGGCGGGGCACGUGGUGGUGCACCCCAGUCACACGCAGCUUCGGCCAGCAUCAAUGCGGCCAUCGGAAAAGGCAACUUCCCCGGCACAUGCUUCAGCUGUGGGAAGCAAGGUGCCCCCGUCACAACAACACCCUCGGCAAGUAUAAGUGCCGCUUCAGCAAAAUCCGAGCAAUUGGAGCUGGCGGACUUAAUGGCACAGGUGAAGUCGAUGCGCGAGGAGCUCGAGCACUAUCGGGCAAUGAAGGAGGAGGGUUUUUGA